GCCUUGCAUGCCUGUGCUUCCAAAGGGCAGAGGAAGCAUGCCAAAGCUGCUAAGCAUACUCCAUGCCUCUCUUUUUUUUUCUUUUCUUAUGAAAAAACAAAGUGUGUGAGUUGACUGAUAAACCCUGGGUCCUCAGAAUUCAGCGAUAAACCCGAAUACUUGCUAAAAGCCAACGACCCAAAAAGAGAGAGAGAGUGCAAAAAAAAAAAAAAAAAAAAAAAAAUGCAGAGAGCUCUCACUGUGAAGCGCUCGCUCCAAUCCCUCCACAGAAUCGCCAAUUCCACCACUAAAAACCCAUUAAGCUCAGGGCGUGCAUUUUGCAAUGCACCGUCACCGUCGCCGUCCUCCGCAUCAGCAUCAGCAUCUGAGGUCCGCAAGUACAUGGGGUACACAGCCCUGGUCUUAUUCUGCGGUGCCGCCACCUACUACUCCUUCCCAUUUCCCGAGAACGCCAAGCACAAGAAGGCCCAAAUCUUCCGCUACGCCCCUCUACCUGAGGAGCUCCACACGGUCUCAAACUGGAGCGGGACCCACGAGGUCCAGACCCGGGUUUUCCACCAGCCCGAGACCCUUGAGGAGCUCGAGAAAGUAGUCAAGGAGGCCAAUGAGAACAAGUACCGGAUUCGGCCGGUCGGGUCUGGGUUGUCCCCCAAUGGGAUUGGAUUGUCCAGGGCCGGGAUGGUCAAUUUGGCGCUCAUGGAUAAGGUUUUGGAGGUGGAUAAGGAGAAGAAGAGAGUGAGAGUGCAAGCUGGGAUCAGGGUCCAGCAAUUGGUGGAUGGGAUUAAGGAUCAGGGCCUUACUUUGCAGAACUUUGCCUCCAUAAGGGAGCAACAGAUUGGUGGCAUUGUGCAGGUUGGUGCACAUGGUACUGGUGCGAGGUUGCCUCCGAUUGAUGAGCAGGUGAUCAGCAUGAAAUUGGUCACUCCUGCUAAGGGAACAAUAGAGGUCUCCAAGGAGAAAGAUCCAGAGCUGUUUUAUUUAGCUCGCUGUGGCCUCGGCGGUCUGGGAGUUGUUGCUGAAGUUACCAUCCAAUGUGUUGACAGACAGGAGCUUGUAGAGCACACUACUGUUUCAAACAUGGAAGAAAUCAAGAAAAAUCACAAGAAAUUGCUCUCUGAGAACAAACAUGUGAAGUAUCUCUAUAUUCCAUAUACUGAUACUGUUGUGGUUGUGACGUGCAACCCUGUCUCGAAAUGGAAAGGUCCCCCAAAGUUCAAACCCAAAUAUACAACGGAUGAAGCCAUUCAGCACGUUCGUGAUCUCUACAGGGAAUGCCUCAAGAAGUACAGAGUAGUACCAGACAACAGUGUAGACAUAAAUGAGCUCUCUUUUACGGAGUUGAGAGAUAAACUACUGGCCCUAAAUCCUCUCAACAAAGAUCAUAUCGUGAAAGUGAAUCAAGCUGAGGCAGAGUUCUGGAGGAAGUCGGAGGGAUACAGAGUAGGAUGGAGUGAUGAAAUUCUGGGCUUUGAUUGUGGUGGCCAACAGUGGGUUUCGGAGACUUGUUUUCCAGCUGGAACCCUUGCCAAACCAAGUAUGAAAGACCUUGAAUACAUAGCAGAUCUAAAACAGCUAAUAGAGAAGGAAGAGAUACCUGCACCUGCUCCAAUAGAGCAGCGCUGGACAGCCAGCACUAAGAGCCCCAUGAGUCCAGCUUCAAGCUCAAGAGAGGAUGAUAUAUUUUCAUGGGUUGGCAUAAUCAUGUACCUUCCAACAACAGAUGCCCGCCAAAGAAAGGAUAUUACGGAAGAGUUUUUCCACUACAGGCAUCUAACCCAGACACGGUUGUGGGAUACGUAUUCUUCUUAUGAACACUGGGCCAAGAUUGAGGUCCCAAAGGACAAAGAACAGCUUACCGCUCUGCAGGCAAGGCUAAGGAAGCGUUUUCCAGUUGACGCCUACAACAAAGCACGAACGGAAUUAGACCCAAACCGGAUCCUUUCAAACAUCAAGCUGGAAAAGCUUUUCCCAUUGUCUGAUACCAUUUGAGAAGCAUGCUUCAUUCGUUAGUUUUUAUUUUAUUUUAUUUUUUUCUUUUGCUUUUCUUCUAUUCUUUUACUCGAAUUUGCCUUUAGCCCCAAGUUACUAUGUACAUAUUUAAGAGGAUCUUGCUAUACAAUGUGGUGUAAUAAUAAGCUUAUAGGGCUAUGAUGCAUGGGAUAAACCCUUUGUUAACCUUGGAUAUCGACUUUUGUUCUCAUGCCUAGAUUGGCAGAGGAAAUGGGCGUUUAUGUCGCUUGCAUGGAUAAGAAUAAUAUUUGAUUUGUUUCAGGGAUCCAAUAAUUACUAAGCAGGACGAAUGUGUGUUUGCUCCACA